CUCUUCAUGAGCACCAUCUAGCCACACUAAAACAGAGGAAAAGCGACAAACAGCCACCACUCAUCCAUACCGCGGAAACACACCAUCCAUCCAUCCGUCCAUCCAUACAUCCAUCCAUCCGUCUCUCAUUCAUCCACUCAUCCCCGCCUGUCUUUGUUGCGCUUCGCUUCCCGUCUGAGGUCAUCCGUGUAGCUGACACACUUCCGUGUCAACUUGUCCCGCAUCUCUGGCUCGAGGCACCGGGCCGCGAAUGGAUGCACUCGCAAGCCCGCAUGGGACAGCAGGGCCUCGUUCAGAGACACACUGUCGUCCACAGCAGUGCGAGGCAUCCUCACGGCACACACAGACACCUCCGACCUUCGAUGCAAGACACAGUCACGCACGUGGCACAGCUUCCAGGCAAAGCACGUCCUCACUGCCACGAAGCCGCGUGACUGCAGCUCCUCCCCGUCUGCCUCAGUGACGAGUGAAAUGGGGCGGCGGCGAAUGAGAAAGAUACCAACCCCAUCAUCCCUCUUGACAACACGUCCGUGCUCGAUCACAAUGCACUUGAGGAAUGGGCACUUGUCGAUGGCCCGCAGACAGGCCGGCAAGAUGCCCGACAAAACUGUGCUGCUCUCUGGCUGCCCUUCCUCAUGUACCCAUGACCCCUCUGGCUGGCGCUCGACGUUGAGAGUGAUCUUGCGUAUGCGCUUCUCUACUCGCUGAUGCCCGUCCCCACUGCCCUCACCUCCGCCCUCCCACAGCGACCAUGCACCAGCACCACCCGCACGGUAGAUGCCCUCUACAUGGACAAGCGGGAGCCCCUUCUGGCAGUUUCUCAGGCACAGCGGGAAAAAGAACCGCCCGGGCGGCGAUCCCUCCCUCCCAAAACGCACCUCUCUGAGCGACGGCAGGUCUACGGCCUUGCUGACUGGCUCCUCUCUCACCCUCUCUGUCCAGCCCAGGAGGAGUGUGGUGAUGCGAGGGAAGUGGCGAUGGGAUAUGUGUUCUAGAAAAACGUCGGGCAGCGGCUCAGAGGCGUCCCCGCAGCCCGUCAGCUCUAGAGUGGUGGCAUGUGGAAACGACAGUCGACGCAGACACGACAGCCUGGCAGAUGAGACGGUCUGGCCUUGAGUCAGCCCCGAAGGAAGGGCGACAAUCUUGACGUCACGGGCGAUCUCGAUGACGGCGUCAGCCCAGGAGGGGUGGCUCUCCAUGCGGCUCAAGUUGUCCAUGGUGUGGAAGACGACGCUCGGCGUGACGUCGAAGGUAACCUUCCCAUUGGGGGCCAUGGACUUGUCGCGAAAUAGGUCCACGCUCUGACACACAACAGCAGCGGACACAGACGUGACACUAAGUAUUCCAUUCCACAUGUACAUGUGCUCGCUCAUCAGGUCCCUCACCUCAAACAGGUCAUCACUGAUCAGCUGCUCAGUCAAUGUCACGCCGAGCUCCUCCACCUGCGCACCCUCCAGCGGCGAAAAUCUCUCAACUCCCCCGCGAAACCUGACUCCGGUGAUUCGCCUGAACACACAGAGCCCGGGUUUGGUGAUGUCAUGCGAGCCACCCAGCCAGCCAGUCUUGCUGCUCACUUGAGUGUUGGCUGUAAGAGGUCUGACCAAAAGGUCGGACGAGUGGCCGCAGAGAUCGUUCCCGAUGAGCUCGGCGCUGUGUCGUGGACGUGGAGCUCAACCAGAGACCUGAGAAGCAGCGGCAGGACACAAAACAGACAGAGAAUGCAUAGGGCCCCUCUGUCGCCAAAUCGCUCAUGCUUACGUCAUCUUCCACCGUCGCAGCUUUCGCCAUGGUCCGCGGGUAACGUCCUGCUUGGUCGUGUUGACCGUUCUCCAGUGUCGGUCCACCUCAGCCCGCUUGAGCUUCGGAAAGACGACCGCUUCCGACUCUUCUGGCGUCGGGAAGAUCCGCUCGCCGAAGAAGAGGAGCCGCUCGUCGAGUGGUCCGAUGUGGUCCCUGCCGAAAUCCCAUCCCUCGCAGUCGUCCUCGAUGUGCACACUGCGAUGGGACUGAUGCGCGUGGAGCUCCUGCAGUGUGUUGCUUGCGUGCUCCAGCAGCUGGAACACCCUCGUGCUGGGGUUGCAGUCCAGGCGGGCCCGAGUGGUCCUGCUGAAUGCCGGGCCCCACGCAGCCACCUGCUGCCCGGUCAGCUUGGUCUGGUCGCUGCGGCCCCUCUGCAGGUCCAUGUUGGUGUGCAUGGCGGGGCUGUGGGAGAGGGCGUGGAGAGAUGUGUGGGUGCGGGAGAGGCUGCCGACGAUGGCCUGUGUGCCGAGGUGGGGGGCGAUGUGGCUGGUGACGGACAGCUCGGCCAGACGGAUGAGGAGAGGGCAAACGUACGACGACUGCACAGACAAACACACACACACAAGAGAUGUGUCUGCAUGAAGCGGGCGCAUGUAGUGAGUGUCUGCUCCGCGAGUCGGUGUACCGGUUGCCGUAUGGUAGCAGCUAUCAUGUCGCAUUUGGCGUGUGCGAGGUCGGCGAGGGAGCUAGUGUUCCGCUGGUGCCGGACGUCGUCAGCGAUCUUGGUGACUAUGUUGCUAAGUGCCGCAAACUGACCGCAGACAUGCUGACAGCACAGCCAACACCAGAUGUGUGGACGUGUGCUCCGUAGCGUAAUGGGUGGCCUCCUCACCUGUUUGAGGCCGUCGUUGUCUGUCUGUGGCGAAUUCGCUAACUCACUCUUGAGCUCAGACACACUCUCAACCUGACACAGCCCAACAGACGAGCAGCACAUGUCAAGCAGUCUGUGACACACUGAACUAGUGCUUUACCUUGCGAUGGAGGUCCUGCAUGUGUUGCUUCAAAACCGCUACGACAGCAGCCGGCACAGGCGAGUCCUGAGGAGAGGAACGAAAACGAGGGAGAGCAGCAAAUGAGUCGUCUGUCCACACCACUCACUGUCGGCAGGACUCACCUCCCUCGUCACGCUCUCGAUGCACGGCCCCUGUCGCAGGGGGAUUUCGGGUUCCUGGCAGAGGGAAAACGGCGAGUACAGCGGGGCGAAGUCGUCCAGCAUCUGUGGGGGCACAUGCUGGAACAGGUCGACGACCAGCUGGACCGCCUCAUGCUGCACACGCUGAGGAAACCAUUCCCACAGUAGGGUAUCCUGCAGCACCACAGCAGACAGGGGAAAGGUAGAUACGACACACCACACACAUGACAGACGGCUGGCUGGGUGGGUGCUGUGCAGUGGUGUGAUGUGUACCAGGAAGGUCGGAUCUUGGCGUUUGAUGACAGCCUCGGUGUCACGCAUCUCCUGGGUGCCCCGAAGCGCCACGAGCCACUCACGCAGCAACUGCACCGAACAAACGGAUGGACACACACCAUGCAUCUCGCUGCCCGGCCACAUGCAGUCUGUGUGUAUCCCUGCCUGCCCCUCACCUCGGGCUCCUGGUGCAUCAGCGCCUUCAGCUUCCAACACACCAAAUCCGGCGUGUCGCCGUACACGUCCGGCAUCUCUAACCCACGCGCCGCGAUGCGCUGAGCCAGAUGGGCCCGCGGAUCCGUCCGAGAGGCCAUGUCGACUCGUGAAUGUCACCACGCCAACCACAGAGGCGCCUGUAGAAGUCGAUGAAUGAAUCGUCAAUUUUGAGCAUUGGCCUUCCUCCCUCGUCCAGCCGUACCUGUCCGAUGCCGUCAAUAGCCCUCGGCAGGGGCUGGCGGCACCAGCCGAGGCGAAAGGCACCAAGAGAAAACUGACCGCUACAACUGAAUUUGAUGGCUGGUUUCGCUGCAUCAAGGUGCCUCACAGCACAGCGCGUUCUCCCAUGC